CACUUCCUCCCACUACAGUAAAGCAGAUUUUUUUUUGUCUCUUUUCGCUAGCUGCUUACAGAAAGAGAAGAUUCCGGUCAACGUGGUUCUCCCCGGCCAGGACCUCUCAACCGCCACCGGUAUCUCUGACGCUAACGCCUACUUUGAAUGUUAAGACAUGGAUUCGUAUGAGCCCGAGAAAAAUGGGUCACAGCAGGACUUGCCUCCUCCUCCAACUGUCGUUCCACCGGAUGUAGUUCCACUACAAGCAGAGCCUGAACCGGUGAAGAAGAAGCCUCUUAGGGUUCCGAUAGCUAGGCGUGGGUUGGCUUCCAAAGGACAGAAGAUUCCUCUUCUCACCAACCACUUCAAAGUGAAUGUGACCAACGUUGAUGGGUAUUUUUUCCAUUACAGUGUUGCUCUUUCGUAUGAAGAUGGUCGACCUGUUGACGGAAAAGGAGUUGGAAGGAAGGUCAUUGAUCGAGUUCAGGAAACUUACGAUUCUGAAUUAGAUGGAAAGCACUUUGCAUAUGAUGGCGAGAAGAGCUUAUUCACUAUUGGUUCUCUUCCACGCAACAAGCUUGAGUUCACUGUUGUGCUUGAGGACAUCUCGUCUAACAGAAACAAUGGAAAUGCAAGCCCUGAUGGGCAUGGUAGUCCAAAUGAGAGUGAUCGGAAGAGGAUGCGGCGACCUUAUCAGUCAAAAACAUUCAAAGUGGAGAUUAGUUUUGCUGCAAAAAUACCCAUGCAAGCCAUUGCAAAUGCGCUUCGGGGACAGGAGUCGGAGAACUCUCAAGAAGCCAUAAGGGUUCUGGAUAUUAUAUUGCGUCAGCAUGCAGCUAAACAGGGCUGCCUCCUUGUUCGCCAGAAUUUUUUUCACAAUGAUCCAAGAAAUUUCACAGAUGUUGGGGGUGGUGUUCUGGGCUGUAGAGGGUUUCACUCAAGUUUUAGAACCACUCAGGGGGGCUUAUCUCUGAAUAUUGAUGUAUCUACAACCAUGAUAAUUCAACCUGGUCCUGUUGUGGAUUUUCUAAUUGCCAACCAAAAUGCAAGAGACCCCUUUCAGCUUGACUGGGCUAAGGCAAAACGAACGCUAAAAAACCUGAGGAUCAAAGCCAGCCCCUCCAAUCAGGAGUACAAGAUAACUGGUCUGAGUGAGAAACCUUGCAGAGAGCAAACGUUCCAACUAAAGCAAAAAGGGGAUGGAGAACCUCUUGAAUUAACUGUUUAUGAAUAUUUUGUUAAUUAUCGUCAUAUAGAAUUGCGGUAUUCCGCUGAUUUGCCUUGUAUUAAUGUGGGGAAACCAAAGCGCCCUACUUAUAUUCCAAUUGAGCUUUGUACUUUGGUAUCCUUGCAACGUUACACAAAAGCUCUCAAUACUCUCCAAAGAGCUUCUCUGGUGGAGAAGUCAAGACAAAAACCGCAAGAGAGAAUGACUACUUUAACUAAUGCUCUGAAAAGCAGCAAAUACGAUGCUGAACCUAUGCUAAGGUCUUGUGGCAUUUCAAUCAGUACUAGUUUUGCUCAAGUUGAAGGCAGGGUUUUACCGACCCCAAGGCUAAAAGUAGGCAAUGGUGAGGAUUUCUUUCCCCGAAAUGGGCGUUGGAAUUUUAAUAACAAGAGACUUGUGGAGCCUUGUAAGAUAGAACGAUGGGCUGUGGUGAACUUCUCAGCACGAUGUGAUGUUCGUAAUUUUGUGCGAGACCUUACAAGAUGUGCUGAGAUGAAAGGGAUUCCUAUUGAGCCUCCCUUUGAUGUUUUUGAGGAGAGUCCACAGUUUAGGCGAGCUCCACCUACAGUUAGAGUGGAGAAAAUGUUUGAUCAGAUACAGUCUAAACUUCCUGGUGCCCCAAAGUUCCUUUUGUGUUUACUCCCAGAGAGGAAAAACUCGGACAUAUAUGGUCCUUGGAAGAAGAAAAAUCUUGCUGAUUUUGGAAUUGUCACCCAGUGCUCCGCCCCUCAAAGGGUCAAUGACCAAUAUUUGACUAAUCUUCUCUUGAAGAUUAAUGCAAAGCUGGGUGGGUUAAAUUCUUUGUUAGCAGUUGAACAUACUCCUUCCAUUCCACUGGUUUCUAAGGUUCCUACAAUCAUCCUUGGGAUGGAUGUGUCACACGGCUCUCCUGGGCAUUCUGAUGUCCCAUCGAUUGCUGCGGUGGUCAGUUCCAGGAAUUGGCCAUUGAUUUCUCGUUAUAGGGCAUCUGUUCGCACACAGUCUCCUAAGGUGGAAAUGAUAGAUUCUCUUUAUAAACGUGUGUCUGACACCGAGGACGAGGGAAUGAUCAGGGAGCUUCUGUUGGAUUUUUAUAAUAGUUCGGGUAAAAGGAAACCAGAACAGAUCAUCAUAUUCAGGGAUGGCGUCAGUGAAUCUCAAUUCAAUCAAGUAUUGAAUAUUGAACUGGAUCAGAUAAUUGAGGCAUGCAAGUUUCUUGAUGAGAAAUGGAACCCCAAGUUUGUGGUAAUUGUAGCUCAGAAAAACCACCAUACAAAAUUCUUCCAGCCUGGAUCUCCUGAUAAUGUUCCACCUGGUACUGUCAUAGACAACAAAGUCUGUCAUCCAAAGAACAAUGAUUUCUAUCUCUGUGCUCAUGCAGGAAUGAUUGGCACUACAAGACCCACACACUACCAUGUUUUAUUAGAUGAGGUUGGCUUUUCUGCUGACGAUCUUCAGGACCUAGUGCAUUCUCUAUCAUAUGUGUAUCAAAGAAGUACAACCGCCAUUUCUGUAGUUGCACCAAUAUGCUAUGCUCAUCUGGCUGCCACCCAGAUGGGAUCUUUCGUGAAGUUUGAAGAAACUUCUGAGACGUCUUCAAGUCAUGGUGGCCUAACCUCUGCUGGAGCUGUUCCUGUGCCUCAGCUGCCCAGAUUGCAGGACAAAGUAUGCAAUUCUAUGUUCUUUUGUUGAGGCUUUGAUCCAUUAUAUCAUAUCAUGUAAAUAUAAAACUUGAAGAUACCUUAUGUACAUGGUUUUGGAGGGGUUUCGACAGUCCUCGUUCAGGAGUUGAACCUUGCACGUAGGUUAAAUCUUGUUAGUUUGUGUUAAAGACAGAAUUAGCCGUGCACCUAGGCUUUUUAUUUUGCUACCAUGACAGCCUCUUGUUUCAUCUUCUGGUGCUGCUUGCAUGCAAGCAAGGCUUAACAAUUGUUUUGGCUUACAACUGUGUUUCCGGUUGUUGCCUAUAAAUUUAAUGGUUUGGAGUUUUACGUUGGUUGAUGGUUAAA